AUAACACUGAAGUCAACAUUGGCGAGACCGUAGUCAUCACGGCUAAUGUCACAUCGGGUAAAGGAGUAACUUUUGAUUUGAAGCUGUAUUUUCCGGACAACAUGAACGAAACGAUUAAGGAGUUAAUAACAGAUAAAAGUGCAAGAUUCUCUUUCCCCGCCUUGCUCGAAGGCAAUUACAGCCUGGCGAUAUCAGCGACCUCUAUGUGUGGAGAGACACUGACACAAACUAUACAGUUGUUUGUAAGCCAAACUGUGGAUAAAACAACACAAUAUAGCCUGUGUAAUGGUAGCAAGACAGUUCAAAAUUUAAUUGAAUCCUCAUUGAUGGAACCUAUAUGUGUUAAAGCUUGGACUGAUGAUCAGAGCACUUUAACAGAACUUACCAUAGAUUUGACAUCUGAUAGCAACAUUGGAUACAUAUCUAUAAACAAAAAUAUUUCAGAAAUAUCCAAAGAUGUGACUUCAGAUAUUAGAGACCAGAUCUCUAGUGGAAACCAAAUCAUCCUGAUUGUUCUACAAUGUUUUCAAAACAACAGUGAAGGAUCUCAAUUUACCUUCAAUGAAAGUGUUUACAUAUUACAUAAUGUUAACAACACAUUGGAUGUUGGCCUUUAUAUAGAGAAUAAUUAUCCAUUAGAUGUUUAUCUUGAGCUGUCCAUGGCAACAAAUAAUCCCAAAAUACAUAUUCCGGCUUACAGUUACAAGGACAUACAUUUUGGAAAUGAUUUGAUUUAUAAUGGUUUGACACAAUUUAGUUUUAAGAUGAACACAAGUAAAGAAAUGUGGAACAAAACAUUCAACUUGUUCUUCAAAGAAAGAUUGUUUGAUCUUGAUGUAGAUUACACAGAGAUUGUGGAAAUAGGCAAUGAAUACAUUCUUACAGCCAGUGUAUUCUCUGGCGAAGUUUUAAACAUUGAUUUUAAAAUUUUAACACCUGAUGAUGAUAAAGCUUUUAUAAGAACAAAUUCCACAAGAAAGCUAACCAACAAUAAUAUGGAACAGAUUUUAUUCAAACCAAGCAUCGAGUCAAAUUACACAAUACUUGUUAUGGCUGAUUCUUUUUGUAAAGAAAAUGUGACAAAAAUCAUAAUAGUCUCAGCUAUUUUUCAAGAGCUGUGUCCAAGAUUAACACAGUCUGAUAGUGAUGCAUUUCUUCUAGAUUCAAGUGAUAUCAAUGAGCCAGUUUGUGUUAGAGACUGGAGUGAUGGACAGAUCUCUUUAUAUCAAAUCAACAUAGAUUUAACUUCUGAAAAUAUUGGUGGUUAUGUCAAUGCAAGUAAUGAUAAAAACAGAGUCAUGAAUGAAUUGAUGUUGCGUUUAGAUGAUCAUAAUUUUCAUAACUUUGGAGAAAAUCAAGCUAUUUUGAUGAUUGUUCUGGCAUGCUAUCAGAACAACAGUGAAAGAUCUCUGUUAACCUUUAAUGAAAGUGUUUACAUAUUGCUUAGUGUCAACAAUACAUUGGAUAAUGUCAUUUAUAUUGAGAAUACUUAUCCACUAGAUGUUUAUCUUGAGCUGUCCAAUGAAACAAGUAAUCACCAAAUACAUAUUCCAGCUCACAGUUACAAGGACAUACAUUUUGGAAAUGCCUUCAUUUAUGAUGGUUUGGCACAAUUUAGUUUUAAGAUGAACACAAGUAAAGAAAUGUGGAAUAAAACAUUCAACUUGAUCUUUAAAGAAAGAUUGUUUGAUCUUGUCGUAGACUACAAAGAGAUUGUUGAAAUAGGCAAAGAAUACAAUCUUACAGCCACUGUAUUCUCUGGCAAAGAUUUAAAUAUAGAUUUUAUAAUUUUAACACCAAAUGAUGAUGCAGCUUUGAUUAGAGUAAAUAACACAAGAAACUUAACUGACAGCAAGAUGGAUCAGAUUUUAUUCAAUCCUAGCAUUGAGUCAAAUUACACGAUACUUGUUAUGGCUGAUUCUUUUUGUAAAGAAAAUUUGACAAAAGUCAUAAUAAUCUCAGCUGUUUUCCCAGAGCUGUGUCCGAGGUCAACAAAGUCUGAUACUGAUGCAAGUGAUUUUAAUGAGCCAGUUUGUGUUAGAGACUGGAGUGAUGAACAGAUCUCUUUAUAUGAAAUCAACAUAGAUUUAACCUCUGAAAAUAUUGGUGGUUAUUUGAAUGCAAGUAAUGAUAAAAACAGAGUCAUGAAUGAAUUGAUGUUGCAUUUAGACGAUCAUGAUUUUCAUAAGUUUGGAGAAAACAAAUCUAUUCUGAUGAUUGUGUUGUCUUGUUUUCAAAAUGUCAACCAAGCAAGCAACACAUCCGUCUUUAAUGAAAGUGUCUACAUAUUGCACAAUAUCACAGAUACAACCAAAAAUGUGAUUUUCAUUAGAAACACAUACUUAGUCAAUGUUUCAGUUGAACUGACAAAUGAAACAGGAUUGGAGAAUAUAUUUGUCCCAGCUGGUGGUUUAAUUUCUUUCAUUCUUGGAGAUGCUUAUAGUUUGAAUGCCUCAAACAUCUUAAACUUUCAAGUGAACUCAAGUCAUCAGAUCCUUACUAAGUCUAUCAAUUUAAUUUAUAAUGAAGAAUUAUUCAACCUUGAUGUAGACCACUCUGAUCUGGUGUUAGUUUACAAAGAGUACACAAUUACUGCUACAGUGCUAUCUGGAACUAAUGUUACAAUAGAUUUCAAAAUGCUAUCACCCAAUGACAUUACAAUUAUGAAAAAAGACAGAAUGUCAAGCAACUCCAGCAGCACCAAGAUGAGUCAGAUCUUAUUCAGACCCCCAAUUGAGUCUAAUUACACAUUACUUGUUCAGGCUGUUUCAUUUUGUAAAGAAAGGUUGACUAAAGUCAUCAAUAUAACAGCCGUCUUUCCAGAGAUAUGUCCUGUCGAAGUAAAUCAAUCUUUGGUUAACACAUUACUGUCUGAACAUUUUACUGAGCCUGUUUGUGUUCAAAAUUGGAACAAUGACCACUUCAGUGUAAUAGAAAUCAACCUUGAUUUAACUUCUAAUUUCAAUGCUGGUUAUAUAAGUGAAUACAAUGGCAGCUCUGAAAUUGUACAGAAUUUGAAUUCACAUUUAAAAUACCAAAUAUCUGAAGAAAAUCAAGCUCUCUUGAUGAUCACCUUAUCCUGUUUUCCAUACAUCAAUACCAGUGAAUACAAAGCAGUAUUUAAUGAAAGUAUCUACAUAGUGCACACUAUCAACCAAACAUCUGAUACUAUCAUUUACAUGAUGAAUAAUUAUACUGAAGAAGUUUAUCUCCAACUGUCUCAAGGGUCAAGUUAUCAGAGUGUCCAUAUUCCACCUGAUGGCAUUGAAUCAAUAAAUCUUGGAAACUCUUUUACUUUUAAUGUUCCAACAUAUCUUACCUUCAUGAUUAAUGCAACUAGAGAAAUUCUGACCACCAGUUUGACUUUGUUUCAUAAAGAAACUUUGUUUGGACUAGAUGUUCACUACACAGAUUUUGUACAAACUGCUGUACAAUAUGAUAUUAUAGCCACACUGUUAUAUGGAAGUUAUUUGAACAUGACUUACACAAUGUUAAAUCCUGUUGACAAUACAGCUAUAAUAAAAAGCUAUGGGCUAAAUGGUCUGACAAACAACAAAACAGAUCAAAUUUUUUUCAAGCCAAACCUAGAAUCUAAUUAUACAAUUCUAGUGCAAGCAGAAUCAAUAUGUCAAGAAAAUUUGACCAAAGUUCUCACAAUCCUAUCAGAAUUUCCAGUGAUAUGCAACAAAAAUCAAAAUGAAACAGCUAUUGGUGAAGACAAUAUAACAGAUUCAGUUUAUCCUUUUCAGCCAAUCUGUGUCAAAGACUGGAAAGAUGAUGACAUUUCUGUUAUAGAAAUUAACCUUGAUUUAACCUCAGAAGAUAUUGGUGGUUUUGUCAAUAUGAGCAAUGAUAACACUGGAGUACUGAAUGAGAUUAUUUCACACUUUGAACACAAAGAGUUUCUCAAAUUUGAAGACAACCAAGCCAUUUUGAUUCUAGUGUUAUCAUGUUUUCAAAACCCAUACAAUGAUUGGGGUUAUAACAAUGUCUUCAAUGAAAGUGUCUACAUAUUACAUAAUGUCAGCAAUACACAUGAUAAUAUCAUUUUGAUUAAGAACACAUAUCCUGUAGAUGUUCACCUUGAGUUGCACAAUGAAACGAAUUCUCAAUAUGUAUUCAUUUCACCUGGUGGUUAUGACUAUGUCAAUCUUGGAAACUCCUUGAAUUAUAAUGUGCCUACUCUUUUCAACUUUAAAGUAAAUACCAGCAAACAGUUUCUGACCAAAUCUAUGGGCUUGGUUUAUAAGGAAAGAUUGUUUGAUCUGAAUGUUGAGUACAGUGAUGUAGCUGUCAUAGGAAAAGGAAUAAAUAUUAUGGCUACAGUGUUUUCUGGGAGUGAUGUUAAGAUAAACUUUACUAUUUUAGCACCUGUUGAUUAUGCAGCUUUGAAAUAUGGAAUUCUAAGAAACAAUUCAACAAACAUGAAAAGAGAUGAGAUUUUCUUUUACCCAAGUAUGGAGACCAAUUACACAAUACUUGUUGGUGCCAGCACAUUUUGUAUGGAACAUUUAACCAAAGUCAUCGUAAUAUCAGCUGUUUUCCCAACUCUUUGUCCAAGAAAUCAGAGUAUAACAGCUCUUCUAGAUAAAAAUCCAGAUACUGAGCCAACUUGUUUCAUUGACUGGGAUGUCAGCCAAACUUCAGUGACAGAAAUCAACCUAGAUUUAACCUCUCCACAUUUGAAUGGAGGCUAUUUAAGUGCAAAUAAUGUCAGCUCUGAGAAUUUUCAGAAUUGGACAUCACAUUUAAAAUACAUAACUACCAAAGAUAAUCCAGCUGCCAUUGUGAUGAUUGUUUUAUCCUGUUUUCAAAAUAGCUAUGGUGGAUACAAAUCUAUAGUUAAUGAAAGUAUUUACUUGAUACAUAACACCAGCCUUUCUUUUGAUCAUAUUUUCUACAUUAAAAAUAUGUAUGUCUCAGAAGUUAUACUUGAACUAUCAAAUCAGACUGCACAUCAGAGACUACUACUUCCUCCAGAUGGUUUCAUUACUGUAAAUAUUGGGGAUUCUUUCCCUUAUGAUGAACCAACACAGUUAAGUUUUAAGGUGGAGACCAGUAGAGGAUAUUUAACCAAAAAUUUGAGUUUGAUUCAUAAAGAGAGUGUAUCUGAUCUGAAUGUGAACUACAGUGAUGUUGCUAUCAUUGGUAAAGAAUACAAUAUUACAGCCACUGUGUUUUCUGGGAGUGAUGUCAACAUUGAUUUUGUUAUUGUAUCACCCAUUUUUGAUACUGAAGCUUUGAUAAAUAUCAUUGAGACAACAAAUGCAACAAAUGAUAAAAUAAAGAGAAUGUUGUUCAGUCCAAUCUUUGAAACUGAUUACACUAUUCUUGUGAGUGCAAGUACACCUUGUGGAGAAAAUCUGACAAGUCUCAUCAUAAUAUCAGCUUUAUUCGCAGAAAUGUGUGUAAAAAAUGAAUCAGAUUCAAAUAAAGCUCUAACUCUUGCUGGCACUAGUAAUCAAUCUAUGCAUACAUGUGUUAAAGACUGGAGCACUGAUCAAACAUGGAUAACAAAGAUCAAUGUAGAUUUGACCUCUGAUACUAACGUUGGCUCUGUAUAUGUUGAGAAAGUGGACACAAACAUUGUACAGAAUUUGACAGCUAAUGCAACCUGUUUGAAUCCUGGAAUGUUUCCAGUGGUUGUUGUAUUUGUUCUUUCCUGUUCAGAAAGAUUUAAAUUAGAGAAUCCAAAUGCUCAAUUUCUGAGUGAAUUUAAUGAAACCAUCUAUAUGCUUUAUAACAUUAAUAACAUUUGUGAUAGAAUAUAUUAUUUUCAAAACAAAUACUUAGCAAGUGUCUGGCUGAAAUCCAAUGGUAGUACUGAAUAUGAAAUUAAGCCAAGGGCAAAAAGUGAUUUUCUACUAACAUUUCCAAACUCAGUUCCAGAUAAGUAUGAUUUUGCCAAUUUUACACUAAAUUUGACAACCAAAAAAGAAUCACAUUCUACAAGUUUAACCCUGAAAAAUGAAGCUUUGCUAAAUCUGCGUAUUAAUUAUACAUCACAUGUCUUGGUAAGGGAUGUUCAAAAUAUUACUGCUUCAGCAACGUCUGGAUGUGAUAUAAUAUUUACUUUUCAGCUUGUAUCAUCUGAAAACAAUGAUAGUUUGGCAGCAUAUUUAAGCCCAGUUGUAUCAUUGGGCAGUUUAAAAUCAGUGGUCAUGUUCAAAGCUUAUGAAGAAUUUAACUUUACUAUUCAAGUUAUUGCAACUUCUGCUUGUGGAGAAAACCUAACCAAAGAAAUUGUUAUUUUUGCUGUCUAUCCAGACCUCUGCCCUUCUAAUGGAACAACUGCAACAAGUGUCAAUAAUGCAAUGGCAAACUACAAGUCUUUGCCCUCAUGUGUUAUGGAUUUAAGUCAAACAAGCAACUCCAUCUCACAAAUAAGUUUGGAUUUAACAUCUGAAGAACUUACAAAAUACACCAUUAUCAGAAAUAAUAGUUUGGGCAUGUUUGAAAACGUAACUGCACCUCUAUCUUGCCAGAACUCUGUUUAUGGAGUGAACUUCUUGUAUUACAAGAUCCUGCUGUCAUGUCCACAACUAGGAUUUGAUGGGCUGGCUUUCAACGACACUAUUUACAUCUUACAAAAAAUAAAUAACUUAUGUGGAAAUAAAUUUCUUGUCACAAACAAUUAUUACAAUGAUACUCAAGUGAAAGUUUUUAAUGGAACAAUGCUUGGACCUCAAAAUAUUCUUUCAGAGGCAUUUUUAACAGAUUCAGUUAAAGAUACCUUAAUUUUAACCUUUAACCUAACCUACCAUAGGAAGAAUUACAGCAAAAGUGUAAUACUUAAGUUUCAUGAAGUUAUGACUGAUCUUCACUUGGAGUACCAACCUAAAGUAUUAGUGGGAAUUCCUUGUAACAUCACAGCCAAGGUUUCUACUGGAGUGAACAUUCAUUUUGAUUUUCAGGUUUUGUUGUAUGAUAAUAACACACAAUUGUCAAAUAAUUCAUUUCUGGUAAAACAAAGUGAAGAUAAAGUAGCCACAUUGAACUUAACAACAGACUUUGUAGGCACCUAUUUGGUUUCUGUGAAUACAACAUCCUAUUGCAAAGAAGUCUUAAAUCAAACAGUCAGUUUUGUGGCACAGCUCUGCUUCGACAGCACUUCAAUCUCUGAACUCAAUAUUUCAGAUGCUAUUAAUGCCACAUCAAGCUUACCUAACUGCAUAGUUACAUGGGAUUGUAGUCUAACAGAGUUCAAUAUAGAUCUUCAGUUGGAAGGAGCUAUAGGAUACAGAUAUAACAAGAGUUCUCAGAUAAAUUUAAUAAGCAACUACACAGCCCCUUCAACAUGCACUCAUAAUGAUGUUCCAGUUGUAUUCCGUAUUGUACUAACUUGUUUCUCUACAUCAGACAAUAACUUUGAUAGCAACAACGUAUCCUGGUUUAACACUAGUAUUUAUGUUAGAAGAAGUUCCAAUCAUUCUUGUGAAGAGGUGGCAAUAAUUUACAACAAUUAUACACUUGCUGUCAAUGUUAACUACACUAUUGAAAAUAUUCAAAAUACGCUUGUCGUUCUCCCUAAGAGUGACAAGCAAAUACACUUUAGUUCCUAUUCUACUGGUGUUAUCUAUCUGAGUUUCAAGAUGCCAUCUGCUAAAGUGCCUGUCAUAAAAAAUCUGCAACUUAUCCCUUUUGAUGCAUUAGAAAACCUUAGUGUGUCCUAUGUCAUUGAUGUUUUAGUAGGAACUCUGUGGAAUGUAACAGCAACAGUUGAAAGAGGAGAAGGUGUUAUCUUUACAAUUAAUGUAUCACAUGUCAUUAGGAACAUCGAAGGAUCAGGAAUCCAUAACUAUUCAGUUGUUAAUACAACUAAUAAGAGCGCUAGAAUAUUCUUUUCUCCUAAUGAAGAUGGCCAAUACAUCAUCAGAGUUAUAGCAACAUCUAAAUGUGGAGAGGUCUUGAUGAAAACAUUCUCCAUAUAUGCCUACUAUCCAAUCCCAAACAGUAAAUUAGAUGGGACAUUUGAAAUAUCAAAACACAGAAAAGAUCAUGGAGUAUUUUAUCCUAAAGAUAUAGUUGGAGUAGCCUUGAAAGUUGUUGAUCAGAAUAUGAAAGUUAAUACACCAACACUACCUAACUGCACUAUAGACUGGGGUGACAUGUUUAAAGUCUGGGAUGAUAAUGCUGAUUUAACCCUCAACCAAUCAACAGGCUACAUCUAUGUCAGAAAUCAUAGCUAUACACAUCUUGGAAAUUAUACAGUUUAUGUGGAGUGUCACAAUGUUUUGUCUAAAGUUUCAGACAAAAUCAACUUUACAAUACUUUCUCCAGUAGAACAAGCUGAUGUUAUUUUAGUUCAAAAUCUGGUGCCUUAUAAUGUUCAAACUUCUCAAGGAAUAGGGACUGUAAGGCUCAUUCAAGACUAUAUUAAUUCAGACUAUCCUGAUUUGAUCAUCACACUACACUUUGGAAAUAUCAACUCAGAAAGAAAUGUUACAUUUAUCAAAGGCACUUUUGAUUAUACCUAUAAUUAUUCCAACAAAGGAGAGUUUAACAUUACUGUUUCAAUAGCUGCCUUUGGUGUAAACAAAACAUUUAGCUUCCACAUUCGAGUUGGAUAUUUGUUGAGUUUUGAACAAGAAACAAAUAGAACGCUUGUUAGGGUUAAGGAGCCCUCCACAUUUAGGUUGGUCAGGUAUUCACCUAAUGGGACCAUGAAUGUAUAUUUCUGGAUGAAUGACGAGACACAAAAUAAAACCUUCAAUGACCGACAGACAACUCUAAACAUAACUGUCACUUAUGAAGAGGAAAGCUUGAGAAAAGCCAUUGCCUCUGUAGUCUUUGACAACAUAACUGAAAAUGCAACAUACUACUUUGAAUCAUUUUUCCCUUGCAUUUCAACAUUAGAUUUCUUUGAUGUUACAUAUGGAGAUAUGCUCAAACCUUUCAGGGCCUGGCUGACUACUUUACCUACAAUAAGUGGUAGAGCUGAGCGAACUGUCGAAUGCAGCUAUUCAGAUUGGUUUGUAAUGGAUUGGCAAGUUUGGAAACUGGCUGAAAAUUCCUCAAUCAUGAACUGGAGUGUUGUAGAUUUUAACAAGUCUAAUAUUAUUGUUCAGAAUUUUAACUUUAUUAAAUCAGUUGGCUUGUAUAAAAUCCAGCUUCGAAUAUCAGUGACUCGUAAAAAUGAGACAGAAUAUGACAUAAUGUAUAUGAAUGUUACAUACCCUCCUAUCGCUGUCAAGAUAAAAUAUGGUUCAUUCAAACAAGCCAAACUAGGAAGGAACAUUACACUGGAUGCAGUAUCUGAGACGAAAGAUCUUGCCGAAACACAAAAUGUAACAUCAUCAUCAUCAUCAUUAAUUCACUUUGCAUGGUCAUGUUACUUGCUAAACUCAAAAGAUGAAAUCCAUACAUUUACACAGACCUUCAGUGAAGACAUCAGCUUUGACAAACUAACCAAAUGCAAUAUUAAGUUCAAUUCAAAUAGUGGUGUUAUCACUGUUCCAACAAUGAAUUUCUUUUUGAAUGACCUGGCCUUAUUUUAUGUUGAGGUGACCAGUGGUGUGAAAAGUGGUAGAGCAGGUCAAGUUGUUGAAAUGUGUGAAAUAGUGCCUAUUGAUGUUAUGAUUGACUGUAUUUGGAACUGUGGGGAAAAGCUUGUAACUGAUGAAAGAACAGUACUUGAAGCUGUCAUACUGAAUGCAAAUUAUAGGGACAAAAAAACUGCACAGUAUGUGUGGUCUGUUUCUAAAUAUGGUGCCAAUGGUUUGGAAAAUGUUGACCUGAACAAAAUAAACCCAAAAAUGUCCACUAGUUUGUUUGAUGUUGAUGGUGGAUGGUGGGAAGAGGGUGUGACCUACUCAAUCACAGUUGAAGUAUCCAUGGAGAAUUACAACAAAUCUAAAGCUAUUAGAGUAGUCCUUACCAACUUCAAACCUUAUGGAGGAAAUUGUAGUGUUGAACCAUCUGAAGGAAAUGCAACUGAGACUCCAUUUUUAUUUAAAUUUCCUGGAUGGAAAGAUGAAGGUAUUAGAACAACACAAAACAGUUCAAUUGAUACCAAUUUUGGAUUACAAUAUCAGGUUUAUCAGAAGACAUCAGCAGGAACUCACCUAAUUUAUGCUGGAAAGGAAGUUUCUGCAUCAACCUUUUUAACUGAAUGUAAACAAGAAGAAACUGGGGACUGUCCAGUGAUCAUUUAUAUUUUUGAUAUGUUUAGAGCCAAGGUUAGCUGUAACUUGACUGUUAAGGUAUUUCAGGAUGCUGAAGGGCAGCUCCAUGUUAAUAGUGCUGCUUUUUUUACCACCAUUGACAAGAAGUUCAAUUCCAGUCUCAUGCUUGGAGACCCAAUGAAAAUCGCUCAAAGAGCAGCAACACUCUCCACCUUUGUAUCCAAUGUAGAAACGACAAGCACCACAAAUAAUUCAGAAACCACAACCACCACCACUACAACAACAACCACUGCUGCACCAUUAGAUUCAAGCAAGGAACAAAUUAUAACUAGGUCCAAUGAUUAUGUGGAAACUGUUGGUGAUUUGGUCAAAAAGAAUGAAGACAAAAGUACUGGUCAGAUUCAAAUUUUUGCAAACUCUAUGGCUAUUGUCACUGCAAGCACAGACAAAAUGUCCACAAAAUCUAUGGAAACAGCAUCUGGUGCUUUAAAGAGACUGACAAAUUCUUUAACUGAUAUACCACUUGAACUUUCUUCAUUGUCACCUUGUUUAGAUGGUCUGAAAACUAUAGUCAAUAAUAUAAUCAAAGUUCAGUAUUCAGAAUCUCAGAAACUACUAUCAAGUCUAGAUAAAAGUUAUGCUGGGUACACUGAGGCUGAAGCUCUUGAGCUGCUUGAAAUGGAUAAAAAAGCCUUGAAAGAACGAGAAAAGGAUAAGUUACUCCAGUUUGACAAUAUUGUACAAAAUGUGACCAAAGCUUGGGAUGAUUAUUUUAAAGUGGUGAAGAGAAUGGCCAAUGCUGAUGGCAUAUAUGACACUGAAAAGGACAAAUUUAAAAUGGCAAUGCAGAAGACAAAUUUAGAGGAAGCAUUGAAUCAGACCAACUUUGUUCCACCCCUUGGUUUUACCUUUAAAGGUAUAGAUGAGAAGUUCAGUGAGCAGGAUCUGCUGAACAAAGUUCACGUUGAGGCUGUGAAAACUGUUAAUAUCUACACUCAUGGCUUGAAUGCUAAGCACAUUAAUACUGACAUAGUUAUUGGAUCUGUUCAACAAGAUGAUGGCAAUAAAAUUAGUUUGACAAAUCCCACAAUAUUUCAUGAUUCUUAUGGAAACAAAAGUGAGAUUGAAAAUCUUGUGUUAGUUACACCAAAGUUUAUUGAAGAUGAUGCAUCUCAAAUGUUUUAUCACAAGUUUGAAUAUAAAGAAACUUUUCUACACUUCUGUCUGAAAAUACGCUUAACAAAUCCAUUGUUAACAUACACAUUAUAUUUACGGAUGGACUUAGAACCAACUGACUUAGCAUUUGACCAUAGACAAACUUUAACUAGGGAGGACUUUGAAGAAGACAAUGGAAUUUGUUUUGAACCAGGAUUAUUUACAAAGACUGGAACAAUAUAUAUUGGACUAAGACCCUAUUUAGAUACAAACCAAACUUCUUAUACAGAUACUCUUACUGGAAGGCAAAAGCGUGAUGUGAUUCAAGUUUUUAACACCAGUUUAGAAGCUCCUUAUCUGUUUGCAAUUGUGUCAGGUGCUUGUUUUUCUUGGGAUAAAACUAUUCAAGACUGGGUCAAUAAUAAAUGCAAGCUAACAGGCUUGAGUAGCAAAGUUGCAUGUACAUGUGAAAGCGGAACAGAAGUAGUCAAUGGAAUGUCUUUCAAUUUAUUCCCAAACACAAUACACUUUGCUACAGUCUUCAGUAAAUUUGACAUCAAAGGUCAAGGUCUAGUUCUUGGUAUACUGAUUAGUCUCUAUCUACUAUUUACUUGUAUUGCAUUAUGGGCACACUAUAUGGAUAGAAAGGCAAUGUUUCAGUGGGGAGUGUUUCCACUCUCAGACAACUAUGCCUAUGAUGACUACUUUUACUUGAUCACUGUCCACACUGGACUUAGGAAAUCAGCUGGAACUACUUCCAAUGUCAGCUUCACACUAUCAGGGGAGCUAACUGAUACUGGAAUUAGGAGAUUAUCUGAUGGAGUAAAGAAAGGAUUCCCUACUGGAAGUGUAUAUCACUUUGUAAUGGCUUGUCCUACUUCACUUGGGGAAUUGCAAUGUUUAAAAAUCUGGCAUGACAGCCAUGGGCAUGGAAGUAACUCUACCUGGUACUUGAACAGGAUAGAUGUAGUAGAUCUACACACUGGAAAAGUAUUCUAUUUCAUCUGUGAUGAAUGGCUAGCUGCUGAAUAUGGAAUUGAAAAGAUGAUUGAGGCUUCAGAUAUUGAAGACUUAGAUAAACUAAAAAACUUAUUUUUCACAAAUACAAAAGAACACAUCACUGAUGAUCACAUGUGGAUAUCUCUGUUCAUUAGGCCACAGAAGAGCAACUUUAGUCGUGUUGAAAGAGCUUUGUGCUGUUUGGCAUUUCUGCUAUUGUCCAUGAUUACCAGUGCUAUGUUUUACAAAGACAUUCCUGGCAUUGACAGAAAACAAACAAAAGCAGAUUUAGAAUUGGGGAUUAUUCGACUCAGUUAUGAACAGCUGUACCAUUCCCUAGUCUCAGCUGUUAUUACUGCACUGCCAAUGAUUUUUGUUAUGAUGAUAUUCAGAAAAGCUCAGAGGAGUACAAGGUCGGCUGCCUGCUGUAAUAACAAGAUAGAAAAUCAGUAUUCAGAUAAUCAAGACAGUGAAGCAUCAAACACUAACAAGAAGUCUAGGGGAUUACCUUGGAUGUCAAAACUGGAGAAACAGUUACAAGCUUUGGAAAAAGUUUUAUUAAUUAAUCCAUCUAGUAAUGCCCAAGGAGCUUGGCCACAUUUUCUUCGCUACAUUGCUUGGAUAGUUUUGUUUUUAGCUAUCAUUACCAGCAGUUUCUUUAUAAUUCUCUAUAGUAUGGAAUGGGGUCGAGAUGUCACGGAGACCUGGAUUUCAACUUUUUUCUUAACUUUCUUACAGUCUUUAUUUGUUGUUGAUCCUAUAAAGGUAAUUGCUAUUUCUGUGUUUGUCUCAAUCCUACUGCGUAAGAGCAAAACAAAACAAGUUGAUACAUUGGAUCUUCAAUUUAUUAGGCAAGUCAACAAACAAUAUGGUGUGAAAGAAAAGUUUUCUCAGCUGGACAUGUCUUAUGCACCUCCACUUACUAAAACUGAGCUGAAAGCUGCUACACUGAAACGCAAGAUUCAUAUCAUGUUAAAUACAUUGUUGAAGGAGUUCAUCAUUCACUUUAUGUAUCUGCUUAUUGUGGCCAGUCUCUGUCAUGCAAACCGCAGCUCUCAAGAUUAUCAAAUGCAAAAUGUUAUUAGUCAGCAGCUUGUCAAUAGCUUUGAAACUGGCUUUAUGGAGGUGAAUACAACUGCAGAAUUGUUUGAUUGGAUCCCAAAUAACCUUAUUCCAUGGCUUUUCCCAGAAAAGGAUAUGUCAGAUUCUUAUUUAUCUGAUAGUACCUUUUAUACAAGUGAAAAAGAUUUAUAUCGAUUUGGUACUCCAAGAAUAAGACAGUUACGAAUGAAAAAAGAUAACUGUACAAUCCAAAGAGUCAAAGUCAAGGACUGUAUUUCAGGCUAUAGCUACAAUAGUGAAGAAAUUGAUGAUUUUUGUCCUGGCUGGACAAAAGCUUGUUCUUCUGUUGCAAACACAGAUUAUACUAAUGCUUGGAUUUAUCAGUCAUCUCAAGAUAUUUGGGGUCUACCAAUAGCUGGAGAGUAUGGACUGUACGGUGGUGGAGGAUACAUAGCUCAAAUGCGCUUUAAAGAUACAGCUCUACAGAUGCUAAAAGAUUUAAAAGACAAGAACUGGCUAGACAGACAGACUAGAGCUGUGUUUAUUGAGUUCACACUUUAUUGCCCUAAUACAAACCACUUUGCUUUUGUGAUUCUUUUGGCUGAGUUUAUGGAAACUGGAGGCAUUUUGACAUUUUUUAGUAUUUACCCCUUCACAGUCCAUUAUCCAGCAGGAAUAUUAGGGACUUACCUCCAACUUUGUCAACUUGUUGGUACUAUCUUCACACUCAUUGGACUACUCUACGUGUUUUUCAUAUUUAACAAGAGAAAAUGGUUGGCAUUAAAAGAUUUUUGGUUCAUGUUGGAUGCAAUAGCAGUAGUGACUGGAAUAUCAACAGCUGCCAUGAUGUUCCUACGUCUAAAGUUCACUAACUCAGUUUUGAGAAAGAUAAAGGAUGACAGAGCCCAGUUUGUCAACAUGUACCAUGUUGUUGUCUGGGAUUCAGCCUACACUUUAUGUCUAGCCAUUUUGAUUGCAAUUGGAUGCUUCAGAUUGCUGAAGUUAGCCAGUUAUUCUGAGAAAACUAUGAAGGUAUAUUUAGUUUUAUCAAAGGCUUUUGCUAUUUUACCAAACUUUGCUAUGUAUAUUUUCCUGGUGCUUCUGAGUUUUAUAUUCUUUGGUUGGAUUACUUUUGGUACAACAAGUACCUACUUCAAGAAUUUCCUAUCCACAAGUGAAACAUUGUUCACUGGCAUCUUGGGACGCUCAAGUUUUAAAGAUACCAACUCUCCAAUAUCAGAUCAAUGGAUUAAUAUUCUGUUCUUCUGCAUGUUUGUUGGAGUUGUGGUGAUAUUUCUCAUCAACUUCUUUCUGGCUGUACUCAUGGAUUUGUUGAGAAAAUAUGACCAAAAAGUAUUUGAAGGAGAAAACACAAAAGUUUUUAUUGUUCUCUGGGAUAUGUUUAUGAGAAUGUUGGGAAGUAAAAGAAAUCCAUUGGACAGACUGAAGGCUACUAGUACAGAUGAUGAUUAUAGUGACUCAGAAGGGGAUGAAGAAGUUAUUAAUCCUACUGAUAAAACAAUGUUACACCUUGAACAAAGAUUUUUGAAGUUGUGUCAAAGUGAUGACAAAGAGAUGAUGCGAGUGAUGUUUGGAAAUAAAAAUGAAAGAUCUAAAGUUUAUCAAAUUGCAGAUUAGUUGAUCAUUCUACAUUGAUUUUAGACUGAUUUCAAAACUAGGAACAAAUUAUUCUUCUUUUAUUAUUAUAAACUGAAUUUUAUGCAGUAGAAAAUGCAAUGAACUAUUUAAGAUUUAAAUAUUAUCUACCAGAUUAUAUAAUUGAAUACUACAGUAGUUACACUAGUAUCAAAAGAUAUCAUUUUCUUUAGUUCCUAUUUAAAGUAAUUGAAGAAACUAGCUGUGAUGGUAAACAGAGCUUAUGCAAAUCAGAUUGGUGGCUGAGGGGCAUGAACCACUAUGGGGGCUACAGAUCAAAUCCCUAGGGAGAUUAGGCAUUUAAUUGAACUUCUAUUUGCUGAGUGUCUAAAAGCAGCUAGGAAACCUCCUAGAUACCCCCCACAAAAGAGCUUGGACCAGAGCGCUAAUGGAGCCUGGAGACAAAGUAUACAAAUAAAAUAAUAAAAUUGAAACAAAUAUUUGUGGAUUGGUCAAAACAAGAAAACGUUUGAUUGCAAUGAAGCACACUGCUUUCAAGUCCAAGCAGGCAAAGUCAGGGUCUAUUGUUUCUGUCUGAUAAUAGUUCAUCAAAAUCAACUAUUUCAAAUGAUAUGUAAAUGUUUUUAGAAUUAUUGCAUUUCCUUAUUAAUCUCUAUUAUGUUGAUGUAUAUGCUCAAUUUGGACUAUUGUAUUAUAUUACAAUGAUUAGAAUUUGUAUAAUAUAUUUUAGAAAUAUAAUAUAUCUGUGCUAUUCUUUAUUAUAUAAUUUCAACAUUUUCACCAUUCUAGCACUUUUUUUGUUACUCUGACAAUACAUUUUGAUCAGGAAAACAAAAUUUAUAAAAAAAAAACUAUAAAAAUAAAAAGGAUUAGUAUGUCUUUGAAAAUACUAGUUCAAAAAUGGAACAUCAAUCUUAAAUUAUAUUUUAAAUAAUUUAAACUUUAAUUUGGUGUAUUAAAUAAAAAUAAAAUACUUCCUAAUGUGAAAAAGAACAAACAGUUUGCUUUACCUUUAAAUGUCUUCAAUAUGUUAGUUAACUUAUUGAUCUUUUGAUAUUAUUCCCAAUCCCACACUUUAGAGACUAAAGUUAGUGUAGUUCAGUCAUUAUAGUGUUGUUUUAAUGCCAAACCUAUGUUAGUUCCAUUGACAAUAGUCUUCUAGCUGUUAACAUUAGAAAACUUGACAACAAUAAAAUGAAUGUAUCCAAAUGAGCUAAAAGUUUAUUAUCUCAUAUCAAAGUAGCAACGUUUUCAUUAGACAU